UUUCCUGCUUAGAGGCCAAUCCUGUGUAUCUUCUCAUUUCCCUCUAGGAAAAGGGAAGGCGAGGAUUUUAAAGUCAACACUGAAAUGAGAAAGAAUUCCCCCAAAGCUAAAUUGUUCUGAAAAGUGCCUGGCCAGGAGAAGGAGCAGACAAUUGCUGACAUGCUACGAUACUUCCAACUGUUUCUCCUUGGGUGGCUUGUGCAAGUUUCCAGCUCCCAGACUGAAAGCCCAGGACAGGCAAAAAGAUGUGAUAAGGAAUCUGUUCUAACAAUUAGGACACAGUGCAAAUCCUGCUGGCUCAAUCUUGGAAUCAAGUGCCCAGAUGGUUACACUAAGAUAACCAACAACUCUGUUGGUGUUCGUGAUUGCAGGUAUAACUAUGACGUCAAAUCAUACUCUUGGCCUUUGCCUGGGUGCCGCCAUAUUUGUAGGAAGAACUACCUCCAGCCUCAAUGUUGUCCAGGACACUGGGGGCCAGACUGCCAGGAGUGCCCAGGAGGUGCAGUGUCACCCUGCAGUGGCAGGGGCAGCUGUGAUGAAGGCAUGGAAGGAAGUGGAAGUUGCUCCUGUCAAGAGGGGUUUGGUGGGACAGCCUGUGAAAUGUGUGCUGAUGACAACUUAUUUGGACCCAACUGUUCAUCAGUGUGUAGCUGUGUGCACGGCGUGUGUAACAAUGGGUCUGGAGGUGAUGGGACCUGUACAUGCUACUCUGCUUACACGGGCCCCAGCUGUGACACACCUGUCCCUGAGUGUGCCUCCUUGCUGUGCCCAGAAAAUUCCAGAUGUUCCCCCUCCAGUGAAGAUGAAAGCAAACUAGAGUGCAGAUGCCUCCCGAAUUACAAAGGUGAUGGCGAGACAUGCGAGCCCAUCAACCCGUGUUUACAAAACAUCUGCCACCCUCACGCUCUUUGCACCUACCUGGGACCGAACCGGCACCGUUGUUCCUGUCAAGAAGGCUACCAUGGCGAUGGCCAAGUGUGCCUGCCAAUAGACCCCUGCCAGACUCACUUUGGAAAUUGCCCUACACAGUCAACGGUGUGCAAAUACGAUGGGCCGGGCCAGUCUCACUGUGAGUGUAAGGAACAUUACCACAAUUUUGUACCAGGAGUGGGGUGUAGUAUGAUCAACAUCUGUGAAUCAAAAAACCCAUGUCACAGGAAUGCAAACUGUACCACCAUCAUACCAGGCCAAACAAAAUGCACUUGCCGGAAAGGUUAUGUGGGUGACGGCUUGUUGUGUUAUGGAAAUAUCAUGGAACGGCUCAGAGAAUUAAACACUGAGCCCAGAGGAAAAUGCCAAGGAAGUCUGACCUCUGUCAUCUCUCUCCUAGAUGAAGUAUACGCCUGGCCUCUAAGUAGCCUGGGACCAUUCACAGUGCUGCUACCAUCAGACAGCGCCUUCAAAGCAUCUGAUGUAAGAGCGCUCUUGAUGGAUAAAGAGGCUGCUAAGUACUUUGUGAAACUCCACAUCAUUGCUGGGCAGAUGAGCACAGAGCAGAUGAACCACACAGACACCUUCUACACCUUAACUGGGAAGUCUGGGGAGAUCUUCAGUGCAGACAGGGAUGGCCAACUUAGGCUUAAGCUCUAUGGGGGCAAAAAGAAGGUACAAAUUGUACAGGGGAACAUCGUUGCUGCCAACGGGCUCAUACACAUCCUUGACCAAGCCAUGGACAGCAUACAGCCCACGUUUGAGAGCAACACCAAGCAAACCAUCAUGAUGAUGUUACAACCAAAAUACAGCAAGUUCGUGUCUUUGUUGGAGGAAGCCAAUAUGGGGCAUUCCUUGGAUGAGGACGGACCAUACACCGUUUUUGUUCCAAGCAAUGAAGCACUAGAUAGCAUGAAGGAUGGUACUCUUGACUACCUCCUUUCUCCACAGGGUUCUCGGAAACUUCUGGAACUCGUCAGAUACCACAUUAUUCCAUUUACCCAGCUGGAAGUGGCCAACGUUGUUUCCACUCCCCACAUCAGGAGCAUGGCCAAUCAGAACAUCCAGUUUAACACAACCAGCAACGGACAGAUUCUGGCAAAUGAGGUGGCAAUGGAUGAAACUGAAAUCACUGCCAAAAAUGGCCGGAUCUACACACUGACUGGAGUUCUCAUUCCUCCCUCCAUCAUUCCAAUUCUGCCCCAUAUAUGCAAUGAAACAAGGAGAGAAACUAAAUUGGGCACCUGUGUGAACUGUUACCUGAUACAUCGCAGCAAAUGUCCGCCUGACUCCCAGAUCUCAAGAUUCUACAUACGCAAAUGUGUCUACAGGAGCACACUGGGUGGCCUGAAGAGUGGCUGUGCCCUCCGCUGUAGCGCCAUUGUGCAGGUACCGAGAUGCUGCAAAGGCUUCUAUGGGCCAGACUGUAACCCAUGUCUAGGAGGCUUCUUAAAUCCAUGCUCUGGAAACGGACAGUGUGCAGAUGGCCUCCAGGGCAAUGGCACGUGCAUUUGUAAGGAUGGCUUCCAAGGCUCUCAGUGUCAGUUCUGCUCUGACCCCAACAAAUACGGACCUCAAUGUAACGAAACCUGUCCAUGUGUGCAUGGAGUCUGCGAUAACAGGAUAGACAGUAACGGCACCUGCCUCCCCGGCACCUGCAGAGAAGGCACGGCUGGGACAUUCUGUGACAGGCAGACGUCAACCUGCGGGCCUUACGUGCAGCUCUGUCACAUCCACGCCACCUGCAUCUACAGCGAUGGGACAGCCAGCUGCGUUUGCAAGGAAGGCUAUGAAGGGGAUGGGGCUCUCUGUUCCUUCUCAGACCCAUGCAAGGGACCAACUCGGGGAGGCUGUAGUCAUAAUGCAGAAUGCAUCAAAACCAAGGCAGGGACGCACACCUGCGUGUGCCAGCAGGGCUGGACAGGGAAUGGAAGAGACUGUGUGGAGAUCAACAACUGCUUGCUUCCAGGAGCAGGUGGCUGUCAUGCCAAUGCCACCUGCUUGUACGUGGGCCCUGGGCAGAAUGAGUGUGAGUGUAAGAAAGGAUUUCGAGGAAAUGGGAUCGACUGUGAACCAAUCAUUUCAUGCUUGGAACAGACAGAGAAAUGCCAUCCACUGGCUACCUGUCAGUUUGUUUCUUCUGGUGUCUGGAGCUGUGUUUGUCAGGAGGGCUAUGAAGGAGAUGGUUUUUUGUGCUAUGGAAAUGCAGCCAUGGAAUUAUCGUUUCUCUCCGAUGCAGUUAUAUUUAACCAAUGGAUAAAUAAUGCUUCUUUCCAAUCCAUGCUGUCCACCACCUUGAACCUCACUAUCCUCGUGCCUUCAAAGCAAGCUAUUGAGGACAUGGACCCAAAGGAGAAGACCUUUUGGUUAUCAAAGAACAAUAUAGAAGCCCUAAUAAAACACCACAUGCUGGUGGGCACAUACAGAGUAGCAGAUCUGCAAACCCUGUCACCUUCUGACACAGUGGCAACAUCUUUGCAGGGCAGCUUCCUUCGUCUGGACCAGGCAGAUGGGAACAUCACAAUUGACGGUGCAUCCAUCCUUGAUGGUGACAACGUAGCCACCAAUGGAGUGAUCCAUGUCAUCAACAAGGUGCUGGUCCCCCUCAGAGGACUAUCUGGCUACUUACCCAACCUGCUCACCCGGCUGGACCAGAUGCCUGACUAUUCCAUCUUCCGGGGCUACAUGAUUCAAUACAACCUGGUGAGCCAGGUUGAGGCAGCAGAUGCCUACACUGUGUUUGCUCCCAAUAACAAUGCCAUUGAGCGUUAUGUCAAGGAGAAGAAGGUCUCGACUCUAGAAGAGGACAUAAUCCGGUACCAUGUGGUCCUGGAGGAGAAGCUCCUGAAGAACGACCUGCACAAUGGCAUGCACCGGGAGACCAUGCUGGGCUUCUCCUACCUCCUGGGCUUCUUUCUCCAUGAUGACCAGCUCUAUGUAAAUGAGGCUCCAAUAAACUACACCAAUGUAGCCACUAACAAGGGCGUGAUCCAUGGCUUGGGGAAAGUUCUGGAAAUUCAGAAGAAUAGAUGUGAUAUUAAUGACACCACUAUUGUACGAGGAAAGUGUGGAGUGUGUCUCCAGCACCAGCCACCAAUCUGCCCUCUUGGCACUAAGCCACUAGUAGGUGAUGAGACAAGGAAAUGUAUCUAUACUAUUUAUUUCAUGGGAAGGCGAAAUGUGUUCAUUGGCUGCCAGGCAAAGUGUGUGAAAACAGUCAUUACAAGAGCAUGCUGUGCCGGCUUCUUUGGUCCCCAGUGUCAGGCCUGCCCUGGGAAAGGCCAGAAUGUGUGCUUUGGGAAUGGGAUCUGUCUGGAUGGAGUGAAUGGGACCGGCAAAUGCGAAUGUGGCCCAGGCUUCAGUGGGACAGCCUGUGAGACCUGUGCCCAGGGCAAAUACGGCAUCCACUGUGACCAAGCGUGUCUUUGUGUCCAUGGGAGAUGCAACCAAGGACCCUCGGGAGACGGUUCCUGUGAUUGUGACAUCGGCUGGCGAGGCGUGGCCUGUGACAGAGAGAUCACAAAAGAUGACUGCAAUGGGACGUGCCACACCAGUGCCAACUGCCUUCUCAAUCUGGACGGCACAGCCUCGUGCAAAUGUGCAGCAGGAUUCCAGGGCAAUGGCACCAUCUGCACAGCAAUCAAUGCCUGUGAGACCAGCAAUGGAGGGUGUUCUGCCCAAGCUCUCUGCAAAAGGACCAUCCCAGGAAGCCGAGAAUGUGUGUGCAAGGCAGGCUACACAGGUGACGGCAUCGUGUGCAUUGAAAUCAACCCAUGCUUAGAGAACCAUGGUGGCUGUGACAAGAAUGCAGAGUGCACGCAAACAGGACCCAACCAGGCUGUCUGUAACUGCUUGCCAAAGUACACGGGAGACGGGAAGAUCUGCACACACAUUAAUGUCUGCUUAUUUAACAAUGGAGGCUGCAGCCCAUUUGCUGUGUGUAACCACACUGGGGAAGAUAAGAGGACGUGUACCUGCAAGAUGAACUACACCGGGGAUGGAAUCACCUGCAGAGGCAGCAUCUACGAGGAACUUCCCAAGGACUGGAAAACAUCCCAGUAUUUCUUCCAGUUGCAGGUGCAUGCUGUCCGAGAACUGGCUGGGCCGGGUCCCUUCACAGUCUUUGCACCUUCAUCUUAUUCCUUCAAUGAAGAGCCCCAGAUCGCGGACUGGGACCAACAGGGAGUGAUACCCCAGAUUCUUCGGUAUCAUAUGGUUGCCUGCCAACAGCUACUCCUGGAAAAUCUGAAAUCCAUCUCGCAUGUUACUUCUCUUCAAGGAGAGCUGCUUAGCAUCUCUGUCUCCCAGGACACAGUGUACAUAAACAAUAAGGCUAAGGUCAUAGCCAGCAAUAUCAUCAGUACCAAUGGGGUCAUCCAUGUCAUAGACAAAUUGCUGUCUCCUCAAAAUUUGGUCAUCACCCCCAGAGACACCUCCGGGAGGAUUCUGCAAAAUCUCACCACAACGGCAAUCAACCAUGGCUACCACAGAUUUGCUAAAUUAAUACAGGACUCAGGCUUGCUGAGUACCAUCACUGAACCCAUCCACAUCCCAGUCACAUUGUUCUGGCCCACAGACCAGGCCCUCCAAGCUCUACCUGCUAAGCAACAGGAGUUCCUAUUCAACCCACUCAACAAGGACAAGCUGGAGGAGUAUUUGAAGUUCCACGUGAUCCGAGAUGCCAAGGCUUUAGCUACAGAUCUCCUGAGAUCGGAUUCCUGGAAGACCUUGCAGGGCUCUGAGCUAAGAGUGACAUGUGGAACUGGCAAUGACACUGGUGAGCUCUUUCUAAAUGAUCAAAUGUGUAGGAUUGUGCAACGGGGGCUCCAGUUUGACGUAGGCGUGGCCUAUGGCAUUGACUGCCUGCUGCUGGAUCCCACCUUGGGGGGCCGCUGUGAUACCUUGGCUGCCUUCGACGUGCUGGGUGAGUGUGGGAGCUGUAGUAAUACACCCAGAUGCCCCACCUGGAGCAAAUCCAAGGGUAAGAAGCAGAAGUGUCUGUACCACCUGCUGCAGCCCUACAGGAGGAACCUGGAGGGCUGCCAGAAUCUGUGCGCCCUGGUGGUGCAGAUCCCCACGUGCUGCAAGGGCUACUACCUGCCAGACUGUCAGGCCUGUCCUGGAGGACCAGAUUUACCAUGCAACAACCAGGGCGUAUGCAUCAAUCCGCUCUCAGCCUCAAGACAGUGUAAAUGCAACGAGGGCUUCAACGGGACGGCAUGCAACCUGUGCUUGCCAGGGAGAUUCGGGCCUCACUGUCAGCCCUGUGGCUGCUCAGCCCAUGGGCAGUGCGACGAAGGGAUCUUGGGCUCGGGGGCGUGCUUCUGCGAAGCCGGAUGGACAGGCCACUUCUGCGACGUUCCUGUAGUUUCAGCUCCAGUGUGCACGCCUCCUUGUUCUGCUCAGGCCACCUGUAUGGAGAACAAUACGUGUGAGUGUAACCUGAACUAUGAAGGUGACGGGCUCACGUGCACAGCGGUGGACUUCUGCAAACAGAACAACGGGGGCUGUGCAAAGGUCGCCAAGUGCUCCCAGAAGAACACCACGGUCUCCUGCAGCUGCCCCACGGGCUUCCGGGGAGAUGGCUACACCUGCAUAGAGAUCGAUUCCUGUGCGGACGGCCUCAAUGGGGGAUGUCACGAGCAUGCCAUCUGCACUAUGAUCGGCCGGGGCAGGCACAAGUGUCGAUGUAAGGACCACUACGUGGGAGACGGGCUGAACUGUGAGCCAGAGCAAUUGCCCCUGGACCGCUGCUUACAGGACAAUGGGCAGUGCCACGCAGAUGCCCACUGUGCCGACCUCCACUUCCAGGACACCACUGUUGGGGUGUUCCAUCUCCGGUCCCCACUGGGCCAAUACAAGUUGACCUUUGACAAGGCUAAAGAGGCCUGUGCCAAUGAAGCUGCAGCCCUGGCCACCUACGCCCAGCUCUCCUAUGCCCAGAAGGCCAGCUAUCACCUCUGUUCAGCUGGCUGGCUAGACAGUGGGUGGGUGGCCUAUCCCACGGCCUAUGCCUCCAAGAAAUGCGGCUCUGGUUUUGUUGGGAUAGUGGAUUACGGUCCCAGGGUGAACAAGAGUGAAAUGUGGGAUGUCUUCUGCUAUCGGAUGAAAGAUGUCAACUGCACCUGCAAGGAGGGCUAUGUGGGAGAUGGCUUCUCCUGCAGUGGGAACCUACUGCAGGUCCUGAUGACCUUCCCCUCGCUCACGAACUUCCUGACGAAAGUGCUGGCUUAUUCCAACAGCUCAGCCAAAGGCCAGGCAUUUCUGAAACACCUGACAGACCUAUCCAUCCAUGGGACCCUCUUUGUGCCACAAAACAGCGGGCUGCAGGAAAAUGAGACGCUGUCUGGGCGGGACAUUGAGCACCACCUGGCCAAUGUCAACAUCACGUUCUACAAUGACCUUGUCAAUGGUACCAUCCUGCAGACAAGGCUGGGAAGCCAGCUACUCGUCACUACCAGCCAGGACCAGCUCCAACAGGAGACGCGGUUUGUGGAUGGAAGAACCAUUUUGCAGUGGGAUAUCUUUGCCUCCAAUGGGAUCAUCCAUGUCAUUUCCAAGCCUCUAAAAGCACCUCCUGCCCCAGCAACUCACUCUGGCUUGGGAACCGGGAUUUCCUUCACCAUCAUCCUGGUCAUCGCAGCAAUUGCUCUGGCUGCCUAUUCUUACUUCCGGCUAAACCGGAGAACAAUUGGCUUCCAGCAUUUUGAGUCAGAAGAGGACAUCGAUGUUGCAGCUUUUGGCAGACAGCAGUCUGAGAAUAUCUCGAACCCCACGUAUGAGAGCGCAACCUCAGAACCCUCAGAACCUUCCUACGAUCCCUUCAUGGAUGCUGACGAACAGCAGGUGGAGAGCAGCGAUCCCUUAGGGGCGCUGUGAGAGCCAGAGGGAAGCAGCCAGCCACGGCAGCCAUGUGGGCCACCACAGCAUGGUCAAGGCUCCACAGUAAAUCCUCAGCACCAGAGGCUUCUGACAAAUGUAGGGUCUUGGGGCAUCUUUAACAAAGAAGCUCUCAGAAGCUGUACCUCGUUUCUUUUGUUUGGGAGUUAUUCUGUGAGUGAGUGGGGGAUGCAGUUACAAAGUCUACCAGGGGGACUUUUCCCUCCUCUGAGCCUCUACUGUGUAUCUUUGUACCUUCAGCUGAUUCUACAUUCUUCCCUACAUGAUGAGUAACUGAGAUCCUGUCUUAUUUCCUACUAGAUUGUAAGCUCCUGAGGACGAGGGACUGGCCUCCCUCAGCCUCAUAUCCCAGCACCAUGCCCGGCAUGUGCAAUGUGCUCAAUAAAUAAAGUCAACAAGACAAAGUGAGCAUUUCAGGGAACAAAACACCAUCCCAGGAAAGGAGCAAAUAUUGAAAACAAAAUCCAUUUGUUUGAGCUAAUUUUCAAUUAGCCAUCAUAUCUUGCUUGAUGAAUUCUUGCUUCAUUCAGUUUUGUUUUCUUGUUUGUGUGUUUAAAAAGA